GUUUGAUAUGAAACCCACAGACACAUUUUUGAUUAAUCAUCCGUCUCUGAAUUCUUUUAGUUUACUUGUUUUCUUCCACACAAACAGCCUUGAUAUUUUGAAAGCUUCAGGCACCACCAAAUCUUUGUUUGCUGCGCAAACGCAAUCUCAAUUGGUAGGAAAAAAACGAGAGAGACACAAGUGACUUACUUGGCAAUUAGCUAAGACUAGGCAUAUAAUUUUCUUUUCUGGUUUUGUAAGGAAAAGGUUUUACAGAGAGAUCUGAAGUUUUGUUUGCAUUAAGUCUAUCAUCAUAAGUCAGGUAAUCUGGGAUUUUGGAUUCAGUGAUCUGGGUUUUGCUCGGAAGUUCAUUUCACGAUCUGGGUCUCCGGUUCUCCGCUUCGUUUUUAAGUAAUUUAGGAACAGUGUUGGGUAAAGUUUGGUGCUUUAUGGUUCUGUCUCCGGUUACGAGUAAUUUAGGACAUUGAAACAAAAGAAUAAGCAACUGUUGUUUGGUAAAGUUUGGUGCUUUGAGGUUUACUGUCAUACUCAAGCUCAGGAAUUUUUGAUGGUAUUUUUGAUUUAGAUGGCAACACCUGUACAGCCUCCUACGGCGGUGGAGGUGGUGGUGCCACCGUCUCCACCUUUGUCUCCGGGUGGUAAUGCUGUUUCUCCGACGAGAGAGCCCAUUGAUGGCAACUCACCGGAGAUUCCAAACCCUCCACCUCUGUCUACUCCUCCUCCUCCGGCGACUCCUUUAUCAUCUCCACCACCAGAAACUUCUCCCUCACCACCUCCACCUAUCGGAGCUCCUCCACCUACUCCCACAUCACCUGACCCACCACCUGAGAACUCUCCACCUCCACGAAAUGAUCAGCCUACCAUUUCACCACCAUCAUUUCCGCCACCGGAAGUAUCUCCUCCUCCUCUUCCUCCCACAUCACCUGACCCACCGUUAAACCCACCACCAUCAUCACCUGUGACCUCUCCCCCUCCACCUCCACCACGUGAUCAGCCUGCCAUUUCUCCACCAUUAUUUCCUCCACCGGAAAGCUCUCCUCCUCCUCCACCACCAACAUCACCUGAGAGCUCUCCUCCACCACCAUCAUCACCUGCCAUUUCACCACCAUUACUUCCACCACCCGAAAGCUUUUCCCCACCACCAGCUUCAGACCCACCUAGAAAUCCACCUCCAUUAGUCCCACCGUUACAUUCAUCUCCACCUCCCUCAUCACUUCCUCCUCCACGUCCUUCCACCUCCCCACCACGCUCAGAACGUCCUCCUCCUCCUCCACGGGAUCCAGAGCAUGCUGAGCAAUAUCCUCCUCCUCCUCCGCACUCUGAACGUCCUGCUCACUCACCUCCUCCUCAUCCUCCAACGGGGAAUAUUCUCCCACCUUCCAAGCCAAGUUCAGCUCCCUUACCUUCUAACUCUUCUUCAUCACCAACAUUCCCCUCACCACCAUUAAUUCCAUCUCCUCAUCAAAAAUCUGUACCAAACUCAGGCAAUCCACCUCAAGAAAACAACCUUACUCCUCCUGUGACAAAUAAUUCCACCAACUCAGGUUUUAGUACAGUAGCUGUCGUGGGUGUGAGUAUCGGGUUGGUCCUUGUUCUGCUUAGUCUUAUUGGAGUUGUUGUCUGGUGCUUGAAGAGACGGAAAAAGAGGGCUUCUCCCAUUGGUGGUGGCUAUGUCAUGCCAUCUCCUAUAGUUUCUUCACCAAGAUCAGAUUCAACGCCUUCGAAGACACACUCGUCUGCUCCUCUAGUUGGAAACCGUUCUAGCAACCGGACAUUCUUUUCACAACCAGAACCUGGUGGCUUUGGUCACUCGAAGGAACUUUUCUCGUACGAAGAACUUGUCAAAGCAACAAAUGGAUUCUCAGAUGAGAAUCUAUUGGGUGAAGGCGGGUUUGGUUGUGUAUAUAAAGGGGCUUUACCAGAUGGAAGAGUGGUGGCUGUGAAACAGUUAAAAAUAGGUGGAGGACAAGGUGACAGAGAGUUCAAAGCUGAGGUUGAGACCAUAAGCAGAGUACAUCACAGGCAUUUGCUUUCUUUGGUUGGAUACUGCAUUUCUGAGAACAGAAGAUUGCUGAUCUAUGAUUAUGUUCCUAACAACAACCUUUACUUCCACCUUCACGCUGCAGGAACUCCGGGUCUGGACUGGGCAACGCGUAUUAAAAUCGCUGCUGGUGCAGCUCGUGGAUUAGCUUAUCUCCAUGAAGAUUGUCAUCCUCGUAUCAUACACAGGGACAUCAAAUCAUCCAACAUUCUUUUAGAUAAUAACUUUCACCCUCUGGUUUCUGACUUUGGUCUUGCAAAGCUAGCUCUAGACUCUAACACCCAUAUUACAACUCGUGUUAUGGGAACAUUCGGCUACAUGGCUCCUGAAUAUGCAUCAAGUGGAAAAUUAACCGAAAAAUCAGAUGUCUUCUCCUUUGGGGUUGUUUUACUUGAGUUAGUCACUGGACGUAAGCCUGUUGAUACAUCACAACCUUUAGGAGAUGAGAGCCUUGUUGAAUGGGCUCGUCCUUUGCUUAGUCAUGCCAUAGAAACAGAAGAGUUUGAAGCUUUAGUAGACCCCAAGCUGGGAAGAAACUACGUUGGGGCUGAAAUGUUUAGAAUGAUUGAAGCAGCUGCAGCUUGUAUACGCCACUCAGCUGCAAAGAGACCUCGAAUGAGUCAGAUUGUGAGAGCUUUUGACAGUCUAGCUGAGGAAGAUCUAACCAAUGGGAUGAGACUAGGCCAAAGCGAGAUCAUCAACUCAGCUGAGCAGUCAGCAGAGAUCAGAUUGUUUAGAAGAAUGGCUUUUGGAAGCCAAAAUUACAGUACAGAUUUUUUCACUCAUGAUAUUUACAAUAGUAGAGACGAAAACGUGUAAAUAUCAGAAAUAAAACUCACUGGAAAUUUGAUUUGGGCAAGAAAGAGAUCUCAAUGCAGAACCUUUCUUGAUUACCACGAAACCACAUAACAUUGAGAAUAAAGGAUAAUGAGUUUAGGACCUCAAAUGAAAAGUCCUCUGGUUCGUAAACUAGGGAAGAACAGAUGAGAACAGGACAGCGAGUGAGUGUAGAAGAGGUUUCAUCUUCUUUACAAGAGAAGUCACCCUCCUGCAUCUAUCUUGGCUUUUGUGAUGUAACUCAUGUCCACUCAAUGUUAUGCUAAUAAUAAAUCAACAAGCUUCUUGUCAUGUCAUCAUCACU